AUGUCUCAACGAAACCGCAGCGGCCGAGGCUCGAAUCGUAAUAAUGGCAGCGGCCACGGCGAGGAGGUGCAGCUAUGGGAGUCCGCCAAAGAAAAGUUUCACGAGAUCGUUGGCGGCGUCAAUCAAGAAAACGACAACCUGGCCGAGCUGUUGAAGCUCGACAAGAAGGCAGCCAUUGCGAGCAUGGACGGCGGCAAGCCUUCUGGCGCAGAUCUUAACAAGAUGGAGCAGAACUGCCGUUCGGGAGUCAAGCUGUCUGAGAACAACUCGAACAACAUCAAGAACCUCAUCGAACAGCUCAAGAUCCUCAAGGCCGUGCAGCAAGCCAAGGAGGCUGCUGAGGCUCCUGCAACGACCAGCACAUCAUCACGGACUGGCAGUUCGACGCGCAACCGAGAUGCCGCUGCGGCGGCCUUAUACGAUUUCGACGGUGCCGGUGACUCUCCCGUGCCAAGCCCCAUUGGCGGCAAUUCGCGCAAGUUUGGUGACAGGGGCAGCAACCGCGACAGCAUGCCGCCCAAGGCAGAUAGUGUUGAGCCGCAGGGAUCCACAGGCUCCAACACGGCGGGAUCGUCCUCGGGCGCUCUGGGAUCGAGCGCUGCAUCAGCAGCUCGCAGCAAGGUGUCGUUUUCCAAGGGCGACAAGGUUGCGUUCAAGCGGAAGAAGGACGAGCCGCAGCAGGGCGAGGCACCUUAUGAUUGGAUACUAGGAGAGGUUGUGGGCGUUAUGGGCGAAGGCAAGAGCCGACGGUACAAGUGUCUGGACGUGGAGCCCGAGGACAACGUCAAGCCGAAGGAGUACAAGACGUUUGCGUCCGGCAUGAUACCAAUCCCGCCAGAGAACCAGACGCAUAAUCUCGCAAAGCUGGAGGCUGGCAAGAUGGUGCUCGGCCUGUACCCACAGACAACGGCGUUUUACGCGGCAGAUGUUGUCGGCACGGAGCCGGACGGCAAGACGGUCAAUCUCAAGUUCCACGGCGAGAACGACUCCUCGACUACGCAUCAGGUGGAACGUCGCUACGUACUGGAAUUCCGGCCUUAG